AUGUCCGAGCCCCAACGGGCUAUGAGCAAUGCAUCAGAACAGCCACAUCUUCUUCGCACAGAAACUCGAGAGUCCCUAACAAACCGCGGAGUCUCUCCAAGUCCUCCACCAGUCGACUACAACUAUCCAGAUGUGGGUCGUCCUGCCGACCCUGUGUUCCCCGAGGAAUAUACCAUCGAGACUAGCACCGGCCUCGUUCCCAAACGCACACUCGAGCAGAUCCGCUCGCGACAGGACCGGCAACCGUCGUCGAGCUCCUCCUCGGACCUCGAAAAGGCCGAUGAUCAGCCGACCGAUUUUGUCACCUUCACCAUCAACGACCCCGAGAACCCUUACAACUGGUCCCGUGCCUAUCGCUGGUACGUCACCAUGAUCGCCUCCCUCCUCGUGGUCUGCGUCGCCUACGGUUCCGCAAUCGUAACGGGCGGCUUGGGUCUCAUCGAAGACAAGUAUCACGUCUCUCUCGAAGUAGCCACCCUCACCUGCAGUAUCAUGGUCUGCGGCUUCGCUGUCGGUCCCCUUCUCUGGUCGCCCCUAUCGGAGAUAAUCGGCCGCCGGCCGGUUUACAUCAUUUCCCUGGUGCUGUACACGAUCUUCAACAUCCCUUGCGCCCUGUCGCCCAACAUCGGCGGACUGCUGGCAUGCCGCUUCCUAUGCGGUGUCUUCUCCAGCUCCGGCCUCUCACUCGCGGGCGGCACCAUCGCCGACAUCUGGUCCAUCGAGGAACGGGGCAUGGCGAUCGCCUUCUUCGCGGCGGCCCCGUACUGCGGCCCCGUAAUCGGACCCAUUGUCUGCGGCUGGAUCACAGUGGGCUCGGGCCGCCUGGAUCUCUUCUUCUGGACCAACCUCGCCUUCGCAGGGGCCGUGGGCAUCCUCGUGGGCCUGAUCCCGGAGACGUACGCGCCGGUAAUCCUCAAGCGGCGGGCGGCGCGCCUCCGCUCGGAGACGGGCAACCCGCACAUCAUCACGGAGCAGGAGCAGCACAAGCCAUCCCUCAAAGAGAUCGUGCGCACCUCGCUGAUCCGCCCGAUCACGAUGAUCCUGACCGAGCCCGUCCUCGACCUGAUGUGCAUGUACAUCGUGCUGAUCUACUCGAUGCUGUACGCCUUCUUCUUCGCCUACCCGGUCAUCUUCGGCAAGCUGUACGGCUACAACGACGGCCAGAUCGGCCUGAUGUUCAUCCCCAUCCUCAUCGGCGCCGGCUUCUCCCUGAUCUUCACCCCGCUGCUCGAGAAGCAAUUCCACAAGAUCUGCAGCCGCCGCGCCCCGACCCCUGAGGACCGACUCAUCGGUGCCCUCAUCGGCGCGCCCUUCAUCCCCAUCGCGCUGUUCAUCCUCGGCGCAACCUCCUUCAAGGGCAUCAUCUGGGUCGGGCCCGCCUCCUCCGGCAUCGCGUUCGGGUUCGGCAUGGUGCUGUGCUACUACGCGGUCAACAACUACAUCAUCGACAGCUACCAGAAGUAUGCGGCGUCCGCGCUGGCGGCCAAGGUCUUCCUGCGCUCCGGCGGCGGUGCGGCGUUCCCGCUGUUCAUCACGCAGAUGUACGAUCGUCUGGGGCUGCAGUGGGCGUCGUGGCUGUUGGCGUUCAUUGGGGUGGGGAUGGUGUUUAUCCCUUACAUUUUCUACUGGUUUGGGGGGAGGUUGAGGGCCAAGCUCAAUAAGAAUUAG